AGCAAUUUCAUGAACAGGGACAGAAAUCACACUUCUGUUGUCAUGUUUGUUCUCCUUGGGAUCUCAGAUGAAAAAGACCUGCAGCUCCUUCUCUUUCCCAUAUUUUUAGUGAUCUAUAUCAUGACCCUGACCUGCAACCUGGGUCUGAUCAUCCUCAGCAGGAUGGACUCCCAUCUGCACACACCAAUGUACUUUUUUCUCAGUGUCUUGUCAUCUAUAGACAUCUGCUUUACUUCUUCCAUCAGCCCAAGGAUGCUUUCAGACUUGUUCAAAGAUGAAAAAAACAUUUCCUUGAUUGCCUGUGCUACCCAGUAUUUUGUUGCAGCUUGGAUGGGUCAGGCUGAGUACUGCCUGUUGGCUGCCAUGGCCUAUGACAGAUAUGUGGCUAUUGGCCGUCCACUGCAGUACUCAUCCAUCAUGGUGCCUGGACUCUACAGAAAGAUGGUUGCUGGAGUCCUUGGGACUGGUUUCCUUUGUAGCUUAGUUGAAAGUGUCAGUUGUUUUAACCUCUACUUCUGUGGGCCAAAUGUCAUUCAGCAUUUCUUCUGUAACAUCUCUGAGAUUAUUGUUUUGUCUUGUUCCAACCCCUUUCCCACUCAAAUAAUUCUUUUUCUAGCAUCCGCGGUUGUUGGGUUUGGUUCAUUUCUUAUUAUCAUUUUGUCCUAUGGUUUUAUUACAGCUUCCAUACUGAAAAUAUCUACAGUCAAAGGUAGUGUCAAGGCCUUCAAUACCUGUGCUUCCCACCUGGCAGCUGUGACACUCUUCUAUGGCACAGCUCUCUCUGUGUACAUGCGUCCUAAUUCCAGACACUCUGAGCAGCAGGACAAAGUGCUGUCAGUCUUUUAUAUUAUUAUUAUCCCCAUGUUAAACCCUCUUAUCUAUAGUCUGAGGAACAAAGAUAUAAAGGAAGCUCUCAAGAGAUUAAAAGGGAAGCCAAGACGUUUACCUUAG